AUGUCCUCCACACUCACAAUUCUAGCACGGCAUGCGCCCAAAAGACUCUGUCUCGCCAGUUCCAUACCAAGCACGGCGGCCCGGGUCGGCGUACCUCGAUUCAUCUCCAAUUCCUCUGCCCUCCGACAGUAUGACGAAUCCGCCUACCAAGCAACCAGAUUAAUUCCCACUGGCCCCAGCUUCCGACCGCAGCAAACAGCCGUUGGUGAGGCUUCCGGCCUUGAAUCUGACGCCGGCCACAACCGAAAGAUCCGCCACUAUACAGUCAACUUCGGCCCCCAACAUCCCGCUGCUCACGGUGUGUUACGAUUGAUUCUGGAACUCAAUGGCGAGGAGAUUGUUAGGGCGGAUCCGCAUGUUGGGCUCUUGCACCGUGGAACCGAGAAAUUGAUCGAAUACAAGACAUACAUGCAAGCACUCCCAUACUUUGAUCGUCUGGAUUACGUCUCGAUGAUGACGAACGAACAAUGCUUUUCGUUGGCAGUGGAGAAGUUGUUAAAUAUUGAGAUCCCGGAGAGAGCAAAAUGGAUUAGAACCCUCUUUGGCGAGAUUACGCGAGUUCUGAACCAUCUCAUGUCCGUCCUCUCCCACGCUAUGGACGUUGGUGCGCUGACGCCGUUCUUGUGGGGUUUCGAGGAGCGAGAAAAACUAAUGGAAUUUUAUGAACGAGUCUCGGGCGCUCGUCUGCAUGCGGCAUAUGUUAGACCGGGAGGUGUCCACCAAGAUCUUCCGCUAGGCCUUCUCGAUGAUAUCUAUCAAUGGGCGACCCAAUUCGGUGACCGUAUCGAUGAGACGGAAGAACUUCUGACAGAUAACAGAAUUUGGAAAGCCAGAACGCAGGGAGUCGGUGUUGUAUCCGCAGCCGAUGCACUUAAUUUCGGCUUCACAGGUGUUAUGCUUCGAGGCUCUGGUAUCCCGUGGGAUAUCCGUAAAUCGCAGCCAUAUGAUGCUUACGACCAGGUCGAAUUUGAUGUGCCUGUCGGAGUAAACGGAGACUGUUAUGACCGCUAUCUCUGCCGUAUGGAAGAAUUCCGCCAGUCCCUUCGCAUCAUCCACCAAUGCCUAAACAAAAUGCCUGCGGGCCCAGUCCGAGUAGAAGACUACAAGAUCAACCCACCUCCUCGUGCAGCCAUGAAGGAAAACAUGGAAGCUUUGAUUCACCACUUUUUGCUUUUCACCAAGGGUUACGCCGUGCCCCCUGGUGAAACGUAUUCCGCCAUUGAAGCUCCCAAGGGCGAAAUGGGUGUGUUCGUCGUUAGCGAUGGUAGCGAAAGACCUUACAGAUGUAAGAUUCGCGCACCAGGAUUCGCUCAUCUUGCGUGCUUUGAUCAGAUUUCGAGAGGUCAUCUUCUUGCCGAUGCCGUCGCUAUUAUUGGUACCAUGGAUCUCGUGUUUGGAGAAGUUGACAGAUAA